CUAGUACUGGGGAGUCCUCAGACCACAGAGGUUGCUGGGGUGGUGUAGGUGUGUCGGGUGGCAUGAUGGGAGCUCCGGGGCAGUGAGGCCAUGGGGGCUGUCUGUUCAGGACGUGUGCUCUGCCCACAGAGACCUAAGCAGCAGUGAGGAUGGAGGUGGUUCCGACUCAGGCAGUGACUUUGAGGACAUGCUCUGGAAGGGUGGCAAGCGGGAUGCUAGGACCCCUCUUAGCCACACCAUGGCAGCCAAGCGACCCCGGAAAGACGCCAGCAGAGAUGGGGAGAGCCUGGCUGAGAGAAACCCAGAGCCCAGCAACCUCUUUGAGGUAGUGAGGCUGGCGAAGAGUGCCAUGGAGUCCGUGGUGGACGACUGGCUGGAGAGCUACAAGAAGAACAAGGAAGCCGGGUUCCUGGAGCUCGUCAACUUCUUCAUCCGCUCCUGUGGCUGCAAAGGUGUGGUGACCCCGGAGAUGUUCAGGAAGCAGCAAAACUCGGAGAUUAUCCAGCAGCUGACGGAGCAGUUUGAUGAGGACUCUGCUGAGUACCCACUGGUCCUGACCACCCAGCCCUGGCGAAAGUUCCAGGCGGGAUUCUGUGAGCUGGUGACAGUGCUGGUGCGACGUUGUCAGUACAACAUCAUCUACGAUGAGUAUCUCAUGGACACCCUCAUCUCCCUGCUCACUGGCCUCUCUGACUCCCAGGUGCGCGCCUUCCGCCACACCAGCACCCUCGCAGCCAUGAAGCUGAUGACGGCGCUGGUGAGGGUGGCACUGAGCGUGAGCCUGCACAAAGACAACAACCAGCGGCAGUAUGAGGCUGAGAGGAGCAAGGGGCCGAGCCGCAGGGCCACGGACAAGCUAGAGGCGCUGCUGGAGAAGCGCAGGGAGCUCCAGGAACAGCAGGAGGAGAUCGAGAACAUGAUGAACGCCAUCUUCAAAGGGGUCUUUGUGCAUCGCUACCGGGACGUGGUGCCUGAGAUCCGGGCCAUCUGCAUAGAGGAGAUGGGGAACUGGAUGCAGAGCUACAGCGCCUCCUUCCUGACAGACAGCUACCUCAAAUACAUCGGCUGGACCCUGCAUGACAAGCAGCGGGAGGUGCGGCUCAAGUGCCUGAAGGCCCUGCAGGGCUUGUACCGCAGCCGGGAGCUGGCUGCCCGCAUGGAGCUCUUCACCAGCCGCUUCAAGGGUCGCAUGGUGUCCAUGGUCCUGGACAAAGAACCUGACGUGGGUGUGGAGGCCAUCAAGCUGCUGACCCUUAUCCUGCAGAACAUGGAGGAGAUGCUGACAGAUGAGGACUGCGAGGCCGUUUACCCCGUGGUGUAUGCUUCCAACCGGGCACUGGCUGCUGCCGCUGGGGAGUUUCUUUACAAGAAGCAGUUUGACCAGGAUUGGGAAGCCGGGAAGGAGAAGGGGCGCCGUGCGGGGAGCAGGGACUUCUUCAGGCUGCUGUUGGCUUUCUUCAUCGAGAGCGAGCUCCAUGAGCAUGCGGCGUACCUGGUGGACAGCUUGUGGGACUGUGCUGCCCCGCUGCUGAAGGACUGGGAUGGCCUGACGCACUUGCUGCUGGAGGAGUCCCCAGAGGAGGGCUGGGGCGACCAGCAGGAAAACGCCCUGAUCGAGAUCCUGGUGUCCAGCAUGCGCCAGGCCACGGAGGGGAAGCCGCCCGUCGGCAGGGGCCCUGGCAAGAAGGUGCUCUCAGCGCGGGAGCGGAAGGCCCAGGAGGACGACAGGGAGAAACUCACUCAGUACCUCAUCCCGCUGCUGCCCCAGCUGCUGGCCAAGUUUUCAGCUGAUGCGGAGAAGGUGGCGCUUCUGCUGGCUGCUCCGCGCUACUUCAGCCUCAGCCUCUACAGCAGUGGGCGACUGGAGAAGUACCUAGAGCAGCUGCUAGCCCAACUGCGAGAGGUGGUGGAGAAGCACACUGGCCAGGAGGUGCUCGAGGCUGCCGCCCGGGCGCUCUAUGUGCUCUGCAACCCGGAGUUCACCUUCUACAGCCGCGUGGACUUGGCACGCAGCCGCCUUGUGGACACGCUGGCUGACAAGUUCCAGCAGGAGGUGUCCGAACUCCUCCAGGUAGCUCCCAGGGCUGGCCCCUUCUCUGCUCACGACCUGACCGCAUGGCAGCUCUCUGAGCCCUGCAGCCUCCUCCUCCAGCGAGCUGUGGACACAGGCGAGGUCCCCAAGCAGGUGGUCAUCCCCACCAUGACCUGUCUCCACUUCGGCAUCCUCUGGGAGCUGGCUCGUGUCUCCGGCACCAUCCCUGCGCAGAAGGAGCUGCUGGCCCUGAAGCGCAAAGUCGCCUCCUUCUGCUCCCUCUGCCAGAGCUGCCUGACGGACGUGGACUCAAGCAUCCAAGAGCAGGCCUUUGUGCUGCUGAGUGACCUGCUGCUGGUGUUCAGCCCACAGCUGGCUCGAGGCGAGCGGAAGGCGCUGGAGCUGCUGGUGUACCGGCCCGAGGUCGCCCUGCAGUCCCAGCUGGCCGGAUUCCUCAUGGAUCACGUCUUCAACCACGCCGAGCUCGCGGGCAGUGAUGACGAGGACACCGAGGGGAAGAUCGAGAGGCUCCACCAACGGCGCAACCUGCUGGCCGGUUUCUGCAAACUCAUCAUCUACAAUGUGCUGGAGCUGAGCGCCGCCUCCGACGUCUUCAAGCACUACGCCAAGUUCUACAAGGACUACGGGGACAUCAUCAAGGAGACGCUGAGCCGGGCACGGCAGAUUGACCGGGACGAGUGGGCCCGCACCCUUCUCCUCAGCCUGCAGCAGCUGUUGACAGAGCUGCUGCUGCAGCAGGGCCUAGACGCAGUUUAUGGCAAGGCCUUCCGGGAGAUCCGGGACCUGGCACGGCGCUUCUCCCUGUUCUUCGGCCUGCACCAGCUGCACAACCGCCAGGCGCUGGUCGCCCUGCACAAGGCUGGGAUCAAGUUUGCCUUCCAGGAGCCAGCACCCUCUGGCUCAGAGCUGGGGCCUCUCAACCUGCCCUUCCUGGAGGUGCUGAGCGAAUUCUCCCCCCGCCUGCUGCGCCCGGACAAGAAACUGCUCCUGUCCUACCUGGAGCAGACCUGCCAGGCCAGGCUUUCCCCACCACAGAGGGGGAAGCUCUGGAAUUCACUCCUGAUGUAUCGCCGCUCGCUGAAAUCCCUGGAUGACAUGGGCUCCGAUGCCAGCCGGAUUGCAGCCCCCCGACCCCGCAGGAGACCUGGGUCCCCAGCCAAGAGGAGGCGUCUGGAUGACUCGUCUGAACGAGGGGAUUCCAGCCUCCAGCUGAGCAGCCGCCUGGAGACCCCGAUGCUCACGUCGACGGCACUGAAAAGGGGACGCCAGCCGGGCAGCCCGGCACAGCUGCAGGAGGAGGAGGGGUCCGAGUCAGACUUUGUGCAGAGCCAGCCCUGGUUCAGCUCCCAGCGCUCCCGAGAAUCGCCUGGCCGGCGGCAGCAGCUCCUGGCCCCCCGGAGCACCUCGAGACUUGGGCUGGGCAGCAGGAUGGACCGGCUCAGCCUGAUGGAGGAGGAGGAGGAGGAGAUGGUGAUCCAGGAGGAGAGCAGCGACGAGGAGGAUGCCCAGGGCCUGGACAUGGUGAGGGGGCCCAUGGCCCUGUCCCAGCAGAAAGGGCUAUUGGUGAUGUGUUGAGGGCCUGUGAGCCCCGGCCUGACUGGGACAGGCCCCUUACAUGCAGCCUGGCUGGGGAUGAGCCUAACAGGAGCUGCGUCCAGCGGGGUGUCCAGGGCCUCUCCUCACAGCCCCUUCCCCUGGGGCUCUCUCUACCUUGCAGCCAGGACGCUGGCUGGCUGGCUUCCUGGUGGCAGGAGGGGCCUGGGCUGGGGGGCACAGGGGGCACUAAGGCACUGGUGUUUGCCUCUCCAGCCGCUGAGCCGCUCCCACAGCUCCCAGGGUGAGCAGCUCCGGGACCUCUUCGACUCUACCAUCCUUGGCAUCGAGGUGAGCUCAGGGAAGUGUGAGAGCGGGAGGGGGCACCUGCCAUGCCGCACUGGGGAGCCAAGUCUCACUGGGAAUCUCUCCCCCGCAGGAUCCCUGAUGGGGCUGGAGCACGCUGGAGACCACCCCUCUCCGGGACCGGGGCCCUCGUUGGGCAUGGCCUUUCUCAGGGAAUUACACACCAGCCUGUUUUUCUGUUGCACUUUUAUUUAGUCCGGCUCCAGGACUGGGUUCCUAGUGUGGGUGAGCACCCUGGGGACUCUGGGUCGAUGAGUCUGGGCCGGGCUGCUGUUACACACGUUACGGGGUUGGUUCUACCCAUGAAUAAAGGUCUUUAUUGCCAGAGCCCUGUGUGCGUAAAGGUGACUAGCCUGGGAGAGGGGACGCCCUAGGACUCGCUGCACAAUGCUGCGGGGCAGGGGAUGCAGCGUGGGGAGAUGGAUGAGAGAGUCAUUGCUGAGGGUGACCAGAGACAGCGGAAGUGGGAGUCGCCGUGUGACACAUAACGCACCCAGCGGUGGGGCCGGGCCGGGCUCAGAGGGGGAUGACGUAGGAGUCGCCGUGUGACACGUAGCGCACCCAGCGGUGGGGCCGGGCUCGGAGGGGGAUGACGUAGGAGUCGCCGUGUGACACGUAGCGCACCCAGCGGUGGGG